GAGCAAAAAAAAAAAAAAAACCGCAAAGCUCUACCGACAUCCGUUGUGUGUCCUCCGGGCCACCGUCGUUCUCCGACAUAUUGUCUGCGGACAGCAAAUUCUGGAAGGGAGGGAGAGUCCUGAGAUUAAAAAUUAUUUAAGCGCAGGACAGAUAGAGACGUCAAUAGAAAUCGCAGCAAGAAUGGAAACCACAGCAAGUCCUGCGAAAGACAACUACAGAAUGAAUCGGUACAAGAACAAAGCCCUCAACCCAGAGGAGAUGCGCAGGAGGAGGGAGGAGGAGGGGAUUCAGCUGCGGAAACAGAAACGAGAAGAGCAGCUGUUCAAAAGAAGAAACGUGGAGUUGAUCAGUGAUGAGGCGGGCAUGUUUGACAGUCCAUUGAUGGACUCCAUCGUCAGCUCAACCACAGCUGGGGACGGUGUUAUUACAAGAGACAUGGUCGAGAUGCUUUUUUCAGAGGAUCCCGAGCUUCAGCUAGCCACAACCCAGAAAUUCAGAAAACUGCUGUCUAAAGAGCCAAACCCACCGAUUGAUGAAGUCAUUAACACCUCCGGGGUAGUGGAGAGGUUUGUCGAAUUCCUGAAGAAGAGCGACAACUGCACAUUACAGUUCGAAGCAGCGUGGGCUUUGACAAACAUUGCAUCCGGAACCUCCCAACAGACCAAAAUAGUGAUUGAGGCUGGGGCAGUGCCUAUCUUCAUUGAGCUUCUCAACUCAGACUUUGAGGACGUACAGGAACAGGCAGUGUGGGCCCUUGGUAACAUUGCUGGAGACAGUGCUGUGUGCAGAGACUAUGUGCUGAACUGCAACAUCCUUCAGCCACUAUUACUGUUACUUACCAAGUCCACUAGGCUGACUAUGACCAGAAAUGCAGUCUGGGCCUUGUCUAACCUGUGCAGAGGAAAGAGCCCCCCUCCAGACUUUGACAAGGUGUCACCGUGUCUGCCAGUGCUGUCCCGGUUGCUGUUCAGCAGCGAUCCUGAUUUGUUAGCAGAUGCCUGCUGGGCCCUCUCCUAUCUCUCCGAUGGGCCAAACGACAAAAUCCAGGCUGUGAUUGACUCUGGGGUCUGCAGACGACUAGUGGAACUUCUGAUGCACACUGAUUAUAAAGUUGCAUCCCCUGCACUGAGAGCUGUAGGAAACAUUGUAACAGGCGAUGACAUCCAGACACAGGUUGUUCUAAAUUGCUCUGCCCUGCCAUGUCUCCUACACUUAUUAAGCAGUCCCAAGGAAUCCAUUCGCAAGGAGGCGUGCUGGACUAUCUCAAACAUCACUGCUGGAAACAGAGCUCAGAUACAGGCAGUCAUAGAUGCAAACAUCUUCCCAGUGCUAAUAGACAUAUUGCAGAAAGCAGAGUUUCGCACAAGGAAGGAAGCUGCUUGGGCGAUCACAAAUGCCACAUCAGGAGGAACUCCAGAACAGAUCAGGUACCUGGUAAACCUGGGCUGCAUCAAGCCGCUGUGCGACCUGCUCACAGUCAUGGACUCCAAGAUCGUGCAGGUGGCUCUCACCGGCCUGGAGAACAUCCUCCGUCUGGGGGAGCAGGAGUCCAAGCAGAAUGGCAGCGGGCUGAACCCCUACUGCAGCCUCAUCGAGGAGGCUUACGGUCUGGAUAAGAUUGAGUUCCUCCAGAGCCACGAGAAUCAGGACAUCUAUCAGAAAGCCUUCGACCUGAUCGAGCAUUACUUCGGUGUGGACGAGGAGGACCCCAGCCUGGCACCACAGGUGGACGACAACCAGCAGCAGUUCCUGUUCCCACAGCAGGAGGCCCCCAUGGAGGGCUUCCAGCUAUAACGCCCGUCUGAAAAUGAGGAAAUAAUAAUGAUUAAUAAAAAAAUUGAAAUUCACUAGCAGCCGGAGCCAUGAGACAACCACCAUCCAUCGACCAGUAAAAUCAGAAGAGGUUUGAACCCCCUCUCCCCCAAAAAAAUCCUCCCCACUCACAAAAAAAAAGAAAACUUAAAUAUUUAUCUGCUUGACUAUUGUUCACUAGAGCAAUAGUAUUUGAUUUACAAGUGGGGGGAGGAGAUUAAACCAUUUUUUUCCCCCCAUUUGUUUUUGUUGAUUUGGAUACCUAUUCUGCCUUUAAAAAAAAAAAAAGUGAAUUUAGUGAUGAACUGAAUAAUCUAAUCUUGAGUUUUCAUGUCUUUAAACUUAAGAACAGAAAGUCUGGCAGUAAAACAAGGAAUUCAAGCGUUAGACAUGGUCAAUGGGCAGAGAAAUUCUCUAGACAGGUACUUCCCUGCGUUUGGUAAAAAAUAGGGGUUGAGAUUUUAGAGUGAAAUUUAUGGCCUUCUGUUGGAUUGAGCAGAUUUUUUUUAUUUGUCAGUAUCAUAUUUUGUUUGUCUCUUAAAGAAAGCCACUGUAAACACAGCUCUCAAAGUGUUCAGAACAUUUUCUAUUCAAUAACAGGCUCCGCUGCAAGGACUUCAGCAGCCGUAUUGCUAUUUUAGAACUGUACGCUUUUCAAGCAGAAAGGUGGCAUACUGUAGAAUUGGCACUGGCUUUCAAAGGAGCUCAUUUGUUGUUUUGCUACUGAUCCUAACAGCACGCUGAAGUUUUUGGAUAUGUUGAAAACUUAAGUUUACUUGAUCGGGUUUAAUUUAAGCAGUGUUUUUUGGUUACAGGGAGGGUGGGUUAAGUGGGUACCUGGGAAAAUGGUUCUAGAGAAAAAAAUAUAUAGCCAACAGCUGAUCAAAGCUGGUGAAGUAGAUAUAAUGUAAGUUGUGUGCUGUGUUUUAAUAAUAACAAUUUAAGAAAUAAAAUUAAAAUGCAGUAAAAAGUGCCUGCUUGAGUUCUCUGGUCUUGCAUCGCCCCACAGCACUGGAUUAUGUACAUUUCUGAAACUAAACUUAUUUUUUAUAUAUAUCUCUCUAUAUAGUCUUGAUUCGGCUUAAAAGUUGCGAGAUUAGAGGCUAAUGUAAAUAAAAAUCUGUGGUGUGCGGACCUCGGAACAUCAGUCAGUGCACUUUUUUGAGUUUUGCAUGGUGUUAAUAUAUUCAAGACACGUCGUGUUACCUCCCUUGCCAAAUACCUGGUGGUGAACGGGCUUAAGAUGCAGUGUCAGCCAUAUGAAGGAACACUUUAUAGUUUCCAUUGUGUAGCAUUUCAAUAUCAAAAUCUGCAUUUAUCUGCUGCAUUUAGGGUACAUUUAAGCUAAUUUAGUCUGAACACUAAAUUUACAUUUAAGAAAAGAGACAUUUUGUAGGGGUUGGUUGGUUGGUUGGUUGAUCUGCUAGAUGCUUUUGUAAUGAAAUUGGAAGAAUAGCCUCAAUUUAUAAAUUAAACAUUUAGGCUCCAAAGUUGUUACUUUUAUAUUUCUACUUCCUCCUUGGGAACAGAGGUUUGAAAUAAGAGAGCAACUGGACAUGUGCAGAACCUGCAAGUAAUGAUGGGAAUUGUAGUUUUAAGAUGGUAUUGAUUUUGGUGGGCCCUACAUGAUCAGAUAUUCAUUUUACUUUGGGUCGGUCCUUGAGGGUGUAGCUGCUUUCAUGUCAUGGCCAGGUAGGAUUACUAACGUACUAGGCAGGCUGGAGCCCUGAAUAUACCACAGCUUCUUACCAUGCAAAAUCUAACCUGAAAUGGUUGUCUGGAUCCUUCUAGCAGGUAUUAGAUUAAACGUGAGAGGGUCAAGGUGACCUUUCAUUACUGGUUGGAUAACUUCUCUAAAGAAUCUGGAUAGUUCAAGUUACCUUUAGCUGGAGCCUGAUUGCUCAGAUUCCUACUAUUUUGGUACCAAAUCUCAGCAAGGUACAGUGCAAAUACCCAGUCCACAAAGGGACUGAAGAGAGGUGUCUGUAGGGGUGGAAUAAACGUCCGCUAACGUGGGAUUUGCUGCCGCACCUAGAAAAAAGGAACAAGUCAAUUUGCCAAGCCGAACUUUUAGGUAAACACUGUGAAUCUGUAUUGAGUCAGGGUGGAGGGUGCACUUCACAAACUAGUUUUCAGAUCAGUUCCCCCCCAGGAGUGAUACGAACACUCCCUGUAAUAAACUGAUGCUUGGUAAAUCAUGUUCCAGAAAGUUUAGGGUUUAGCCAGUGCUUCCAGUUUUGAGGGAUCUAACAGAAAUUGACCUGACCACAUCUACAAAACUGUUCUUGAGAUUCCUGACUAAUGUAUGGGCUCCCAAUUCAGAAGCACAGGAGCUUUUACAGGAACCAGGUACAGAUGAAGCUUACAAACUGAGGGAGGGGAAUUCUCUGAAAAAAAUCAUUUAAGUAAUUGAUUUAUUGGUAUGCAGUAGUUAUUUGCUUUGCAUACUUUUUUUAUGUAGCAAAUUAUACAGUAAAAAAAGAGGACAAUCAAAUUGUUCUUUUAAAACUCAAUUUCAGAAUGUGUAGUCUACCUUUGGGAUGAAGGAGCAGCGCUUGCUGUAAAUUUCUACAUGUUGUAUUCUGUUUGUAUAAAUGUGCUGGCUAAUCCAAGCUUUGGCAAGGGACAUGUUCUUAAAUUUUAUGAAACAGACAGACAGAUGUAACACAAUUUGCACACACCACUGCAGACAUGACCAGCAGACACUUCACACACCACGGCCUGGAUUCACUCAGAAAUCAUAGUGGUGUCCUAGCUGUUAUAAAGCAUUGUUAUGGCUCUGCUGUAAUUUAUUUGAAUUCAGGCCUGAGACAUUCUUAUAACACUAGAGGAAAAUAGCUUCCAUGAUACAGAUCAGAAGGACAAGUGCUUCAAAAGCAAUUAUAUGUCUACUUUUCUAUUGCUAUUUUUGAUAUACAUUUCUCUAGAUGCUCAUAAUUGAUUUCUCCAGCAAUUCUUGCAGUUCUGGUAAAUGCAUUAUUAAGCUGCGAUUGUGAGACAAAAUGCACUUUGAACUUUUAUUUUGAGUUCAGCGCAUUUUAGGGUUUUUUUUUUCUCUUUGGAAGGGGGUGUCCUUUUCCAAAAUGACUUGGUAAAAGUUAAAAACCACAAGAGUUGAGUCUUUUUCAUAUUACCUCUGAAUUUAAAAAAAAAAAAACCUGUGACUUUGAAUUUUAAAGUGUUUGAGGAGUGCUCUCAUGCUCCCUGUACUCGUGGGAUUAAAUUGUGGAAGCGUUUUUCUCUACCUCUGCCAUUGCAACGGCUUUGCGUUCGAGGGCAGACCAAUCGCACAUCCGACUGGUGUGACACUGACUGACCGGAGCUGUGUGAGGGGGAGAGAUUGUACUGUACACUUCCAUUCACUUCAGAGCCAAUAGCAUUUCUCUCUGGUGUUCCCUUUACAUUAAUACGAGGUGGGGCAGGAAACCAAGUUGCUGGGUGUGGUUUGACACUUUCAGGAACAUGAUACAAUACAAGUGAUAGCCAGCUUUGCCAGUAUCAGAUUCAGUAUCAGAAUCCUGCCACUGUUUAGGUAAAGUGGGUCUUUUCUCUAUGUCCAGGUUAGAUCUAGAGAUGCAUGCAGAGAAGGGGCUAGAACAAUGACUAAAGUCCUGUAUCUGUAAAGCUUACUUGGCUUCUGUGAUUGGUUUUCUGCGUUCCUCUAUUGAGUGUUUUAUUGGUGGCAGCUGUUGAUCAGCGAUGUUUGUUUGACCUUUCUUGGUGCCAGAGAGCAGCUUUAAUUAAAGGGCACUCUGUAGAUCCUGUAGUUAGGUUUAGUUCCCUUUUCAUAAAUUGAAGCGAACCAGGGUAGGCAGGUAAGGACCUGGUACCAGUCAUGACUAUUGGGGUCCUUGUACUUCUACACCAGGCUGUAUCUUUUACAUACCAGAUUUCUCAUCUGUGAAUGGGUGGCUAGAUCAUUUUCUGCUUUGUUGUCUGCCAGGAAGAACAAUGCACCAAGAAUUGCAGUAAAUACUUGACCUUACAAGUCCAAACAUCCUUCUAAAAUUCAAUCAGUCAACCAGGCACUGGAGUUGGUGUUCUCUGUUAGCUGCAAAAGGACUGCGUGCUUUAGAAUGAGGACUGGAAGAAUAAACAUGUGACAUGAUACAUGACCAAGUCAAGAAGAUAAAUGUUUAGACCAAAUGGCCUCCUUUUAUAUAAAUUGGUUUAUUUCUGUGACUAUCAUUGCAUGUAUUUUAAGAAUCAAAACCCUUUGUUACUCUGAUUUUUAGUUUUGCAUCUUGAGCCCUUUUGCAGUGAACAUCAUCAGCCUAGAACUCUGUGCUCCCAGUUCAGCGAUUUGCCAUCAUAAGCUUCAAAACAUGCCAACUAUGCAAAAUGCAAUUCGAUCGAGACCUUCUGACAAGGGUCCCCAUCUUUUGAUUUUUUUAUAUAUUCCAGUCUCUUUGUCUAUAGGUGAUUUUUGUACAGUUUUUCUACUAUUUUGAUGUAAAGUAGUUUGGCUAAAGUUUUGAUUUAGUCUGAAUUGGAGCUGAUCAACAGGUGUAAACAAAUACUGUUUUGAGGGUGAACAGUUCUGCAGAUAAAAUGAGGAAAUAUUUAAAAUAGUAAACAAAAGGGAAAAAAAAAGCUGCUUCAUUUGUUUGGGCAACAGUUUCUGUAGGAUUAAAGCACUAGUUUUAAAUCUGAGGUCAAAUGUAAGACGAACAUUUUGGCUGACCUUCAGCCACGAUGAAGACAUUGGUCUGAACGGCUGUCUUCUUUACUUCGGAGUUGAUCUGAUGAAUGUAUACCUCUCCGGGGUAAGCCAGGGUGUGUCCCGGUUGAGUAUAGGAUGACCCUCGUAGUUUCAGUCCGACCAAAAUUUGGACCCAAGUUUACUGCACCUGUAGCUUUUUUUUUUUUUUUUUUUUUUUUUAAAUCUAUUUAUAAGAAGAGUGAAACAAAAAAAAUAUCAUUACAAAAUAAAAAAAGAAAGCAGGCGCUGCUCUGUUCACUAAAGUGCCAAUCCGGCCAUCAAAUGCCCUGGAGGGCUGUCUUUGUAUCUUCUUGGUCUUUUAUGACUUUUUUUUUUGUUUGUUUUACUUGAAUGUGCGCAAAUUGUGUGCAAACAUUGCAGCUUGUGGUAUAUUACCUUAACCAAUCCUUACAUUUACUUGGCUACAUUCAAGCGUCAUCCUUUACUAUUCUUGCACUAAAGUUUAUUUUCUUUAUUGGAUCAGGACAGGAGAAAUAGAAUUGGACGGGCAAUAACUUUGAGUCUUCAGCAUAUUCCAGGCCAGCAAGGCCAUGGUGUGUUUAUUCAAGUUCUGGUGAACUAUAUGGGUUCCUCUUCAGCAGGCAACACACUGUUUUAAUACACUUUGUAGCUGAAUUAAGAUAUUUAGGAUUGUGUGGCACACGUUCAGCUGCUGUUGUCUUUAGAAUACGUGUGUAAAGUAAUGGUGGGCUUUUCAAUGUUUCAGAUACCCAUUUUACAUUCAGCCAAUUCAUUCCCAGUUCCAUACACCGGAUUUCUAGGAUGUGUGGUGGAGUAAUUCCACAGUACUCUGCCCUGGCGUCUCGACUGUACUAAUUCUACUAAAAGUUCUCCAGUUCUACAAGAUUUGGCGUUGAUUUAAAGAACUGGAAUAGGGAAUGAAGAAAUGAUUUGAUUAGUUUUCGGUUGCAUUCGAAACAUUGUUAUUAUAACUGCAACAGCUGCAGUUUUGCAGAUGAAGUAUAAUGAUCAACUCAAUAGACUGCCAUAACUGUGAAUAAAUGCACUAUUUGGUAUUUUUCCAGGUAAAUAAAAGUAUAUUGGCUUGUUGAAAUUUAAGAUGCUCCCUGCGUUUCAAGGAAUUGUUUCAGGUUAUUGAACGUUGGAUAUGUUCUACAAAUCUGAGCAAAAAAAAAAAUGCAAAUAAUUGAAUAACCUGAUGAAAAGCAAAUCAAAAAGUGCAUUUAAACAGUAGCCCUUAAUCUGUGGAAACAGCUAA